AGUUUUAAAUACAGAAAAGUGUCUUUAAAAACAUUCACAAAGGUUCUGUAUCCUAAAUUUAACCACAGAAAAUAGUAAUUACUAACAAACAUGAAGGUAAUUUAUGAGACUGUUCAGAUCCCUAUAGCCUUUUAGAGGGAAAAUACAGAGGUUUUUUUAACUUUGCUGAGGCACCACCUGGGUUUAGUCACUACAAUCUAAUUACAUGAUUGAAGUCCUAGCAUGUCUUUGAAAUGAGAAUAAAAUAAUUGAGUAUUUAUCAUAGUAAAAAAAAAUAUGGUUCUCAAACCCACAAGCAUCUGUUUAAGUAGUACUCAAUCCCCUUGAACUCAGCAGUGCCAAUAGCUUCCCUAAAAUUCAAUGUGCCUGUAUCGAUGAGGCCUCAGUGUGAAAUGAGUUACCUUCUUACCAACUGCAGAAGUCUGAAAGUUUCAAACUGUAGUGAACCAAUAAGUUAAUUCAAGCCUUUUCUGGGUUGAGCUUAAAAUCUAAAAAGAACACUCUACAGAAAAGUAAAAAAAUUACAUUUUGACAGAUUCUUUCCCAGAAUUUAUUCUGAUUGUUAAAAUGUGAGAAGGAAAAUUGUGUGCUUAUAAAUUCUAUUUCUACUUUUAAAUUUAUAACCUAGAUCUGACAAUGUUGACUUGAGCAGAAAGUCAUUAUGCCUUUCAGAUUUUCUGUUUAAUUGAAUUCUGCUCUCAAUCUGAUCCAUCUGGUGAGUUCCACACUCUAGUGUAGACACCAAAUUAACCCAGAUGGUAGAGUUCAGGAGUCUUACAAGUUUUUAUAAUUGGAUAUUUUGACAUUUAUUUGAUAUACCUGUGCAAAAAAAAAAAAAAAAAAAAAAAAAGACAAUUCAGUAUUUGCAGGAAUAGUUACAGCAUUACUUUGCAAUGAGGCUGAGGAAGUUUUACAAUGAGACAGAGGGGGGAGGGAUGGUGAGAUGUCAGUUUUACUCAGGAUGUUUCUGCUCAGAACCCCGCCACAGCAGGGGAUGGGUAUAAUGCACACUCUCUCCUUUGGUCUCCAGCAACGCAGACCUGCUUGCUGAUUUGAGUUCAGCAGCAUCUGAGUGUGGCCGAGUUGAAGGAUUGGGAGAAAACAACAACAAAGAAAAGAUAAACGUAAAAAGCAGAUAUUUUUGCUCAAAGUCUGACCUCUGGUCAGGAGAUGUAAAAUUAUACAAAAUUAUCUGUUGGGCAUCGAGCGAAAUGCAUCAGAGCCAGUGGUCAAGGAAGUUUCGGACGCAGGUUUCAAUUCCGUACACAGUACAAUUCGGAUGUGCUGGAGCUGCUGGAGCCCUCGUGGGUUUUAAGUUCCCCGUGGGCGAGGACGCGGCGCUCCCACAGCCCCCGCGCGCCUGGUUCUCGGGGGUCACCGGAGCACGACGGCGCUUUUCAGCGGGGGGUGGGGGGGCGCCGGUCCCGCGGCCGCCCGAGGCUUUGGCCGCGCUGAGCCCCGCCGCGGCCGAGCGCUCCUGCGUGGGGCGGCUCCCACGCGAGCCCGCGGGGCGGGGGUGACCCGGGCGGAAGCAGCCGCCGUCCCCGUCCGGGUCAGCAUGGCGGCGGGGGCGGGAUGCCGCUGGUGGUGCUGUGCGGGCGGCCGGGCAGCGGCAAGAGCCGGCGGGCCGCGGAGCUGCGGGAGGCUCUGGGCGGGCCGGAGCGGCAGGUUCACGUCGUGACCGAGGCGGAGGGAGGCCGGGCGGCGUUGCGGGCCGAGGUGGAGCGGCGGCUGAGCCGGCGGGACGUGGUGAUCGUGGACGCGGGCAACGAGGUGCGGAGCAUCCGCUACGAGCUGUACUGCGCGGCGCGGCAGGCGGGGACGGCGAGCUGCCUCCUGCACUGCGCCGGCGGCCCCGAGGAGCCGCCCUUCGAGGCCCCCGACCCGCGGAACCGCUGGGACCGGCCGCUCUUCACGGUGCGCGGGGAGGAGCCGCUGCCGCUGGCCGCCAUCCGCGCCGCCCUCUUCGAGAGCGCCCCGCCGCCGCCGCACCGCGCCACCCGCAGCCAGCCCCUGCAAUCCGGCGCCUUCCUCCACCGCCUCGACCGCCUCACCCAGGAGGUGCUGGCCGCCGUCAUGGCCGCCCAGAGCGGCGGGGCGCAGCCCGGGCAGCCGGUCCGCGUCCCCGGCCUGGCCGCAGAGCUGGUGCUGAGCCGGCCCGUGAGCAUGGCCGAGCUGAGCCGCCUGCGGAGGCAGUUCAUCAGCUACACCAAGAUGCAGCCCAGUGACGAAAACCUGCCCCAGCUGGGCAGCAUGUUCCUGCAGUACCUGAGCCGCAGCAUCCAGUGAAUCCUGUCAGCUCUGCCGUGCACAGCAGCGUUGAUCUGCCCCCAGAGUACUCGCAACAGUAAGAACAUGCCCUCCAGCCACAGACCCGGCCGAGCCUGGGUCCCCACCUGUCGCGUAUCAGACAGCAGCUCUGGGAAGAUGGAUGCCAUGUCCCUGCAGCAGCUGAGCAAGCUAUAUUGCCAAGAGGAUGGGUAGGGAUGCCGUUGCCCGACCCCUGCAUUCUCCCCAUUCACAUCUUUC